AUGAACUCUUCUGGUAAUGAUAUUUACUAUAUUCUAUAGAGAUUGAUAUUAAUAUAACCAUACAGGAUGCCUCCUAAUUAAAUUUAAUUAUAAGGAGAGUGUAGGCAUAAGUGAAUAUUAAUAAAUUUAGUAUAAUGGGAAGAUCAGAAUGAUUUUGGGAGAGGAAAUUAACAAGAUUCCAAAAUCAUAAGAAAUAGUGGUGCUAGAUUAACUUGUGGAGUUAUAGGUUUUUCUUUUGGAUUUAAGAAUUUAUAACCAUGUAAAUAUAUCAAUGAUAAUUAAUUAUUAUUCUCUUAAUUAAAAAAAAUGUUCCAGUAAUAAAUAAUGUAACAAUAUUAAAUGUAAAGUUAAAAGGAAAAAAUAUUAUUUUAAAUAGAAUAAAAAUAAUCUCCCUUUAAAUAAUUUAAUUGCAUCAUUUGAUUACCUUUUGAAGCCAUUCUAUUAGUUUGACUAAUGGAUGAUGAACAGACUCUUGAUUCUUAUUUUGUAAAUAUUGAAUUCAUUAUUAGCUAUUUUGUAUUCCAAUAGCCAUAAUAUUUAGUAAGAUCAAAUCAAGAAGUGAGAAGUGCAAGACUGAAUACAAUAUCUUCUUUGGAGUAUUUUUCGCUUUGCUAAGAGAGUGGUUUGUAUAUAUAUAAAUAUUACAACAUUUUAGGUAUACUCCUCAAUACAUCAUUUGUUACUCUUUCUUAUGUAAAAAUAUGAUCCUUUUGGAAAAGUUAGAUAAGUUAAGAUUUCUUGUAGAUUAGUAGAUUAUUGAAUGUAAGAAACACUGUUAUAUCAAUUCUCUUUGA